AACAAAACACGUUUGAAUCUGAUCCUGAAACAGAAAACAUCUUCGUAGUGCUUCUUCAUAUACAACACACCACGCCCUAUCAUGAUCAUCAUCAGACAACCGGAGUCAGCAGCGGCUUCUUCAGAACAUGCGCCUCCAGGUUGCCCAGGACCAGGUCCGCCAUGGCCUGGCGCGUCUCGUGCGUCCCGCUCCCCACGUGGGGCACCAGCACGACGUUGUCGAGCGCGAACAGCGCCUCGGGCACGUUGGGCUCGUCCUCAAACACGUCGAGGCCCGCCCCGCCGAGGCGCCCCUCGACGAGCGCGGAGACCAGCUCGGGCUCGUCGACGUGAGGGCCGCGCCCGAUGUUGAUGAGCAGGCCCUUGGGCCCCAGCGCCUCAAUCACCUCGCGGUUGACGAUGUGCCGGGUCUGCUCGUUCAGCGGGCAGGCCACCACGAGGAUGUCGCUGUUUGCGGCCAGUUCUACCACGCUAGGGUAAUAGGUGUAGCUGGGGCAGUCUUUCUUUGUUCUCUGGUAGUAGUUGACUGGGCAAUCGAAGGCCUCCACUCGGGUGGCAAUGGCAAGCCCUAUCCUGCCCAGCCCGAUGAUGCCUACUCUUUUGCCACUGAACUGCAAAAAGGAUAA